AUGCCUUCCUUCAUCUACACUUUUGCUAUCAAUGCCCUUCUGGCCGGCGCCUUGGUCGCUCAGAUUGCAAAUGCCUAUCCUCAGCCUGCAGUCGCCGAUGCGGCCGUCCUCUCGGAGGGAUCCGACCCACCGGGUGUGUUCUACGAGGAAGUCGAAAGCGACAUUGUGAAGCGUUCCAAAACGCUGAAGAUUGGCGCAAAGCCUGACAAGUCGCAUACCUGCCCCAAGACCGACAGAUACGCAAAGCCAGUGGAAUACUCUUCGGGGCAGCUUCAGAAGGCCUUUAUCCAGGCAGCACAGUAUGCCAAUGAUGGUAAACAAAUCGGAGCCAAAGCGAGAGCGAUACGGGCAGCAAGUAACGAGAUAAACAGGUUCAAAGCACUGAGCUUGAUGUUGGACGACUACGGAGAGGGCCUAUCCAUCACUGAAAAUAUAGUCAGUGCUGCUGCUGGAAACACAAGCAAAGAAACGAUCCUUAUUAUAACUUUGCUAGAGAGGCGAGUAGAGGAGAUUUCGAUCACCGAGAAAGUGGUCAGAGCUGCAUCAAACAAUCUAGAAAGUGGAGAGGGGUUGAUGACUGUGCUUUUAUAG